CUUGUCAAAGCGCGCGCACAUUCUAUAUUUUCCGGGUACUUUAUUUUUUAAAGAAACAGUUCAAUCAUUGUUUCGCAAAUAAGUGAUGUCGUCAGCAGCUUUUACUGCGUUCAAAUUCCGUUCAUGAUACCGUUAUUUGCUUUUAUUUUACUAGAGUGCAUCACAGGAACUUUAUCUCCCCGCAAGAGUCCGCUCAAAGGUUUAUUUGACAUAUCAGAGCCAGCAUGGCGUCGUCAUGUGUUCAGUUUCACACAGUCUGCGGUGGAUUCCACUGAAGCUGCGGCCACUGCCGACACACAGCGUGAACCACCAUGGCGGAGGCAGGGCUGCCUGAAUCAGAGCAGCACAUCGAGAGCAAGAUUGAAGAAACGCGACAGAGGUUUAAAAGAGAGUAUGUUGAAGAGUCCACAGAUAAAUAUGACCCAAGAGAUGUGGAGAAACUCUUCCGAGAUGAUGCCCUGGCUGAAGCUUACCUCACAUGGAGGCAGUUUGUUGUGGAGGACACCUUAAAAAUGAUUGAUGAGAGCUUACAGUGGAGGAAAGAGUUUAACGUGAAUGACGUCACAGAGAGCAGUAUUCCUCGCUGGAUGUUUGAGAGCGGCGCGGUUUAUCUGCACGGAUAUGACAAAGAGGGAAACAAACUCUUCUGGUUCAAAGUAAAGCUUCACAUUAAGGAUACAAAGACGGUUUUGGACAAGAAGAGGUAUGUGGCGUUCUGGUUGGAGCGCUAUGCCAAACGUGAACCCGGAAUGCCGUUGACGGUUGUGUUCGACAUGUCCGAGUCCGGCCUCGGUAACAUCGAUAUGGACUUUGUGAAGUAUAUCAUUAGUUGCUUCAAAGUGUACUAUCCAAAGUUUCUUUCUAAAAUGAUCAUGUACGACAUGCCUUGGAUCAUGAAUGCUGCGUGGAAGAUUGUGAAGACGUGGUUGGGCCCUGAAGCCAUCAGUAAACUCAAGUUUGUCUCCAAGAGUGACAUCCAGAUGUAUAUUGACCCCGAACACCUGCCACCGCACAUGGGCGGGAGGGACCAAUUCAAAUACAGUUAUCCGCCUCUACCGGACGAUGACUUCCAGUCUCCAAUCUGUGAGAAUGGUCCAAUCGUCAGUGAAGACGAGAGCGACAUCAAAGAUCUCGAAUCCGAAUCCAAAGAGGCCCUAGAGUCGAGUUUCAACUCCGAGCAAUCAAUCAAACCCAAAAAGGUCAAUUUUCACGAGGACAGUCUGAAGUCAGAUGAUCUUGACAGAGCAGACGGGUCUGUUCGACUGAGGGCGGCGAGAAAACCAACGUCCACAUUCAAGGGCACUUUAAUGCACAUCAGUCCAGCAGAAGAGCUCAGUUUUGGUGCUAAAGAAACAGAGAAGAAAUGUUUGAUCAUCCUCAACAAUGUCACCAAGAACCAUGUGGCUUUUAAGGUUCGGACAACAGCUCCAGAAAAAUACCGUGUUAAACCCAGUAACAGCAGCUGUGAGCCUGGAGCCAGUGUGGACAUCAUAGUUUCACUACAUGGAGGGUUCCAGGCGUCACCGCAGGACCGGUUUCUCGUCAUGGCAGCAGAGAUGGAGUCGAGUGCUGGAGCUGCAAUUCCUGAUUUGGCUCAAUUCUGGAAAGAAGUUUCCAAAUCCAAAAUCAUGGAGCAGAGGUUACGAUGUCACAUUCUAGAGAGUCCCAAGCCAAUUCGUAGUAAUUCAUUUGAAAGUCCAUCAGUCACACCAACCAAUGAGCAUCAAGACCUGCAGACGAUGUUGAUGCGAAUGAUGUUGACUAAUUCCCGUUUGGAGCAGAAACUGGAGUCAUGUCUUUGGGUGCAGAAAGUUUUUGUGGUUCUGGUGUCGUUUCUACUGGCAAUUAACUUUAUCACGGUAUACUCACUGUGGACAUCAUAAACCACGGUAAAGACUGAAGGGCCGAGCUGCUCGACCGGUUGGAUCUUAACAUGGAGGACACUAUAGGGACACUUUGGAACAUAGUGAACUUCACAUUCUGCUCUGGUCCAAAUCUACAUCUGUAUCUGUAUAAAGCAAAAUCUCAAAGCUAAAUAAUGUAUUUUUAUCACUCAUCGCCAGAAUAAACUAAGGUUUAAUUUAUGAAACAUGUUGUGUAGAAAUUCUUAAUAUUAUGCAAUUGUAAUUAACUUGAUUUGAUUUUAAUAUAUAGUAUUUUUUUUUUUUAAGUAUGAAUGUAUGAACAUUAAAAUUACCAUUUGUAUUUAACCAUCUUAAAAGUAAUCCAUUUGAAUCCAGUGGUUUAAUCCAUGUCUUCAGAAGUGAAAUGAUAGGUGUGGGUGAGAAACAUCAAUAUUUAAGUCCUUUUUCAUUAUAAAUCUCCACUUUCACUUCCACAUUUUUUUUUUUUUUGCACAAUUCACAUUCUUCGUGCAUAUCGCCACCUACUGGGCAGGGAGGAGAAUUUAAAGAAGAAUAAAAAAAAAAGGACUUGAAUAAUGAAACAGUAGUCAGAAUUAUGCAUUUUGAUUAUUAUGAAUGAUAUAUAUAUUAUAUAAUUAAAGCGUUAAUAAUUACUAAUUGAACCGUUAAUGAAUCCGCCGAUUCCUUAAGAGGAACUGGAAUCAGAACUAGAAUCAUUCAAUUCUUUUCGAUUCCCAUCCCUAUAAGUGAUUCCUUUUAUAGGUACAAACACUAGUGCGCUAUCACAUCAAAGCCUACUGUUGCUUCCUUGGAAUUUGAAUUGGCCACAUCCCACAGGAUGGCGAAAUGUAAUUUAUUUAACCCUAAAUAUUUAUAACUACAGUUUUGACCAACACAAAAUAGGUUUCGUUUGAAAGUUUAGAAGCUCUGCUUUACAAUGCAUGUAGUUAUGAACAAAACUGAACAAGUGCUUUGAAAUAUGCAGACAAAUCAGAAGCGUUCCGAUAAAAAAUUACAUUAUACAUAUUACAAUCAGUAAAAACAUCAAACUGAUCAAAUAGUCAUGUGUCAUAUGUUGUUGGAAAGCUCUUGAGGAGUAAAAUACAACCAGCCGAUUUGUUUUACUCAUAGACAAAAAUAUAAUGAGUAAUAGCUAAGUAUAUGUCUUUGACAAUUAUGUUGGUGUUGCUUAUAUGCCGCAUUUUUUCUUAUAACUUCACGAAUAUCA